AUUUAAUAAAAAAAAUAUUUAAAUCCAAGAAAGAAAAGGACCUUCCUUUUCAUUUCCUCUGUACCAUCCUCUGUUUUAUUUUAAUUGACAUGUUCGUGAUUGGUCCGAAACUGACGAGAAAAAAAUCAGACAAGAUCCUCCUAAAAUGUUCGGAAUCCAAAGCAAAAGAGACAUAGCAACGGAGCUCCAAUCCCAAAUCCCGAUCCUCCGCCCCAGCAUCCACGCCCGACGAGCCAACAUCGUCGUCAAGUUCCAAGACCUAUACGGUUUCACAGUAGAAGGAAACGUGGACGACGUCAACGUCUUGAACGAAGUGAGGGAGAAAGUGAGGAGCCAAGGGAGAGUCUGGUGGGCUCUCGAAGCGAGCAAAGGAGCUAACUGGUAUCUCCAGCCUGAUAUUCUCUUGGUCGGUGACGUCGGUAUCGCGCUGAAGACGUCUCUGAAGAUCUCGGCUUUGAGUAAUGCCAUCACGUUGAAGAGGUUGAUUAGGAAAGGGAUACCUCCCGUGCUGAGGCCUAAGGUUUGGUUCUCUCUCUCCGGUGCUGCUAAGAAGAAGUCUACUGUCCCGGAGAGUUAUUACGGUGAUUUGACUAAGGCUGUUGAUGGGAUGGUCACGCCUGCUACGCGGCAGAUCGAUCAUGAUUUGCCACGGACUUUUCCUGGCCAUCCAUGGUUGGAUACUCCAGAGGGUCAUGCUGCUCUAAGACGUGUGCUUGUUGGGUAUUCAUUUCGAGAUUCUGAUGUUGGUUAUUGCCAGGGCUUAAACUAUGUUGCAGCGUUACUACUACUUGUGAUGAAGACAGAAGAAGACGCGUUCUGGAUGCUAGCAGUUCUUUUGGAAAACGUAUUAGUCCGUGACUGCUACACAACCAACUUGUCUGGUUGCCAUGUUGAGCAGCGUGUUUUCAAAGAUUUGCUCGCCCAAAAGUGUCCUCGAAUAGCUACUCAUCUUGACAAUAUGGGGUUUGAUGUUUCCCUUGUAGCCACAGAGUGGUUUCUAUGCCUCUUUUCGAAAAGCUUGCCUUCUGAGACAACUCUACGAGUAUGGGAUGUACUUUUCUAUGAAGGAGCAAAGGUUCUUUUCCAUGCAGCUUUAGCAAUAUUCAAGAUGAAGGAAAACGAGCUGCUUAUGACACACCAGGUCGGUGAUGUAAUCAACAUAAUACAGACUACCUCUCACCAGCUCUUUGACCCUGAUGAGUUGCUAACGGUGGCGUUUGAGAAAAUCGGAUCCAUGACAACCAACACAAUAUCUAAGCAGAGGAAGAAGCAGGAACCAGCGGUGAUGGCAGAGCUCGACCAGAGACACCGGAGACUCAACUCUCUUAAAGAAAGUGGUAAGAACACAUAAAGUGUACAGCAAGGAGGGAGUCCAAUGGUUACUUUAUUUACUUUACCCCUCUUGUUUUCCUUCUGUACAAGUAAAUAAAUAGGAUUUUUUUUUUACUUUGAGAGCAAAACAAAAGACCAAGAUUAUCCAUUUUCUGUGAUGGUAAAUGUCAAAGUUUCUUCACUUUCCAAAGAGGUGUUCCUUGCCUUUGCUUUGUAACCCUCCCUCUUUGUGAUAAUAAUCAUGUUUUCUCUUAGAUUCA